CUGGAAGCCCAGCUAGGGCCCGACUUUGGCCCCAUGCGUCUCACCCGCUGCCAGGCUGCCCUGGCAGCCGCCAUCACGCUCAACCUCCUGGUCCUCUUCUAUGUCUCCUGGCUGCAGCACCAGCCCAGGAACUCCCGGGCCCGGGGUCCCCGCCGUGGAGGGGCUGCCGGCCCCCGCGUCACCGUCCUGGUGCGGGAGUUCGAGGCCUUUGACAACGCGGUGCCUGAGCUGGUGGACUCCUUCUUGCAACAGGACGCAGCCCAGCCCGUGGUGGUGGCCGCCGACACGCUCCCCUACCCGCCCCUGGCCCUGCCCCGCAUUCCCAACGUUCGCCUGGCGCUGCUCCAGCCCGCCCUGGACCGGACCGCCGCGGCCUCGCGCCCCGAGACCUACGUGGCCACCGAGUUCGUGGCCCUGGUGCCCGACGGGGCGAGGGCCGAGGCACCGGGCCAGCUGGAGCGCAUGGUGGAGGUGCUCCGCGCGGGAGGGGCACGCCUGGUGGCCGCCCCCGUCGCCUCGGCCAACCCUGCCCGGUGCCUGGCCCUGAACGUCAGCCUGCGGGACUGGACGGCCCGCUACGGCCCCGCGCCCUCCGCGCCCCGCUGCGACGCCCUGGACGGAGAUGCCGUGGUGCUCCUGCGCGCCCGCGACCUCUUCAACCUGUCGGCGCCCCUGGCCCGGCCGGUGGGCACCGGCCUCUUCCUGCAGACGGCCCUGCGCGGCUGGGCGGUGCAGCUGCUGGACCUCCAGUUCGGCGCGGCGCGCCAGCCCCCCCUGGCCACGGCCCACGCGCGCUGGAAGGCGGAGCGCGAGGGGCGCGCGCGGCGGGCGGCGCUGCUGCGCUCGCUGGGCAUCCGCCUGGUGAGCGGGGAGGGCGGGCGCCUCGAGUGGUUCGGUUGCAGCAAGGAGACCCCGCGCUGCUUCGGGACGGUGGUGGGCGACACGCCGGCCUACCUCUACGAGGAGCGCUGGACGCCCCCGUGCUGCCUGCGCGCGCUGCGCGAGACCGCCCGCUACGUGGUGGGCGUGCUGGAGGCGGCGGGCGUGCGCUACUGGCUGGAGGGCGGCUCGCUGCUCGGGGCCGCCCGCCACGGGGACAUCAUCCCGUGGGACUACGACGUGGACCUGGGCAUCUACCUGGAGGACGUGGGCAACUGCGAGCAGCUGCGGGGGGCCGAGGCGGGCUCGGUGGUGGACGAGCGCGGCUUCGUGUGGGAGAAGGCCGUAGAGGGCGACUUCUUCCGCGUGCAGUACAGCGAGAGCAACCACCUGCACGUGGAUCUGUGGCCUUUCUACCCCCGCAACGGAGUCAUGACCAAGGACACGUGGCUGGACCACCGGCAGGAUGUCGAAUUCCCCGAACACUUCCUGCAGCCUCUCGUGCCCCUGUCCUUCGCUGGCUUCGUGGCGCAGGCGCCUAACAACUACCGUCGCUUCCUGGAGCUCAAGUUCGGCCCCGGGGUCAUCGAGAACCCCGAGUACCCCAACCCGGCACUCCUGAGUUUGGCGGGAAGCAGCUGAAGCUCCAGCGCCCGCUCCUGGGGUCUGAAGAACACUCCUGCGCGGGGAGCUGCCCUUUGCUUUGGCGCCGCUGGCAUUUGGUGGGCGGGCCGGGGACGGGCCUGGACUUCGAAGACCUGCCCUGCCCAAGAUUUCCAAGAGCUUGGGUUUUAUUUAGAGCACGGACAGUUUUAUAAAGAGGAAAAGGUGUACGUUCUGCGGCUGGACUACCGCGAUUAAAACCCCAGCUCUACCUCUUACUAGUUGGGCCUGCCUGGGAGAGUGUCCCAG